UGUUGUUUGGCAUGUAUGUAUAAAACAUUGAACAGUGUUUGAAACACCAAACAACUUUGAGCAUUUUUUGAAAUACUGUCAAAGGAAAAAGGGGGGAAAAUACAGUGCCCAGGCUUUGCAAACCAUGUUUCAGUUAAUGACUCCUAAGCAAAUGUAUGAGCACUUCAAGGGAUAUGAAUACGUUUCACAUAUCAACUGGAAUGAGGAUAAAGCAGCAGCAAUCCUAGAAGCCUGGCAGAGGAUGUAUGUUGAGGUUGUUCAUCAAAGUGUUGCACAAAACUCUACUCAGAAGGUGCUUUCCUUUACUACAACUACCUUGGAUGACAUCCUAAAGUCGUUUUCUGAUGUCAGUGUUAUCAGAGUAGCUAGUGGAUACUUAUUAAUGCUUGCCUACGCCUGUUUAACAAUGCUGAGGUGGGACUGUGCCAAGUCUCAAGGUGCCGUGGGGCUGGCAGGAGUCUUGUUGGUUGCACUGUCAGUGGCUGCAGGCUUGGGUCUGUGCUCACUGAUUGGAAUUUCCUUUAAUGCUGCCACAACUCAGGUUCUGCCUUUUCUUGCUCUCGGAGUUGGUGUAGAUGAUGUUUUCCUUCUAGCUCAUGCAUUUAGUGAAACAGGACAGAAUAAGAGAAUUCCAUUCGAGGACAGAACAGGUGAAUGUUUGAAGCGAACAGGAGCAAGUGUAGCCCUUACAUCUAUCAGCAAUGUUACUGCGUUCUUUAUGGCUGCCUUAAUUCCUAUUCCUGCUUUACGAGCAUUUUCACUCCAAGUAAGUUCAUGUGCUACUUUAUUAGCUUUUAUAAGUGUUCCAGUUCUGGGAGACCAUUGAUGAUACCUGUUAGUGACAGUAGUAAAUCCACAUUCAGUGCUUCUGCAGGCUGCUGAAUUAGUAGCUAUCUAGCCUUGAUUCUGCUCCUCCUGUGGAAUUUCUUGCAUUCUAUUAGCUGAUGAUGGAGUGCACUGCCAUUCCACGGCUGGGUUAAGUGCAAAAACUGGGAUGCAUGCAACUAAG